AUGGCCACGAUAAAGAGACCCACCACGCCGCUGCGGCGUAUCUCGCGCGGCUCGCUCAACGCCCUCUCUCACUCGCGCGGCCCCUCGUCCAGCACGCCCCUCUCGUUCCUCGAGCGCGCCCUGGCCGACCUGGUCGACGAGACCUCGGUCCUCCAGGCCAACCUCGAGCAGGUCGAAGACAUCCAGGAUGCACUCGGCACCUUCAACGAGAACUUUGCCAUGUACAUGUACGGUCUCAGGAUGAAUGCCUGGUGCGUCGCGUGGCCAGAGGCGCCUACCGAGGAGAGCUUCAAGCGCGCAGAGCAGAGAUUCACCCAACAGGCGGAGCACUACGCAGCCCAGCAGCACCUUCAAUCGACCAUCCAAGGCUCGCACCCGUACGGCCACGGCAGCGAUCUGUCAAUGUACGGCGGUUCCUCUGCGGCCGGAACAGGCGGCGGCGGUGCAGGCAUGAACCCGGCCGACCAGACCUAUGUCACUGCCGACGACGAGAGCGUCUACCCCGAGCCUAUCAACGUCCCCGCCCACGGGGCCCAGCAACCACUCAAGAGCGCGCUCAAGCCCGCCCUCAAGAAGGGCACCACGGGAGCGGCGACAGCGGCGUCAGGCUCGACAGCCAAACCGGCGACAGCGGCGGCCAAGGGCAAGAUGACGCUGGCGCAGAAAAGAAAGCGCGAGGCCUAUUCGGACGAGAUUAUCGAGACGCUGCCGCUCGAGUUCCGCGGCAGCGAUCCCAAGGCCAACAGCGUGGCCAAGGGCACCAUCAUGGCGCUCAUCGCGGCGGGCAAGAAGGGCAUCCGAGCCGCCGAGAUUGUCAAAUCGCCGGACAUGCCGCAGGCCAAGGUCAACAAGACGUUAAUUGCCUUGGUCGCCGCCAAGCAUGCCACCAAAGUGUCGAACAAUGGCGUCGUGUAUAUGCUCGAUCCGGCGCGGCAUUCAAACCUGCCCUGA